AGACUCGGCGAAGAUGUUUCGGCCAAUCGUAUUGCUGGUGGUGGUCGUGACCUGCGUCGCGACCUCGAACGCGAUUGGCUGCAACAAAGCUCUGUGUGCGAGUGAUGUCAGCAAGUGCUUUUUACAGGAGCUGUGUCAGUGCCGUGUCAAUGGGACACGGUGCCCUUGCUGCGAGGAGUGCCAGCUGUGCCUGGGAGCCGUGUGGGAUCAGUGCUGCCAUUGUGUGGGUCUGUGCAAGGCAGCUCACCCCUCUUCCCCCUUCCUGCCCGCAUCAUCGCGGAGCUCCGCCCACGACCACCCCAGCCCCUCGCCUUCCCUCUUCAGCGCUCUGGCUAGCCUAUCGGAUUUCCAGGCUGCCUGGACCGUCCAAUCGGUGCCUCUCUCCCAGGAGUUAGAUCACCACAGUAGCCAGCAGCAGACACACAUGCUGCUGGGGGCAAACAGAGAUCCUGUGGCCCCGCCUCCCACUAACGCGAGUGCAGAGUGUUCUGUGCUCUUCUUCCACGACUGCCUGUCUCUGCGUGGUUGCCUGCGUGGUUGCGAGUCAGUGGGAGCCCCUCGGUCCCGCUGGUUUCACAGCGGCUGCUGCCAGUGUAUCGGACCGGACUGCCUGGCGUACGGCCUGCCCAGCCCAGCCUGCAAGAACUGCCAGGACUGAGCCCAGGACGAGGCUGUGACGUUACCCGUCUGAUCUGAACGAGAAUCCCGCUGCACAGCAGUGUGAUCCAGUCCUGCUUUCACUAGGAGUUUAA